AACGCUCCAUUCCCACUCCCCGCGCCCCCAACUGCAGAUGACCUCUUGAAUCUCUCACCUCUCACCCAGUCGCUCCUUUAUCUUCUCUCUGCACUCGUCUUUGCAACGCUUAGUGGAGCAGCAUGUCUUCGUCUCAUUCUGCCGAAUCUUCCUCCUCCGAACCCUCUCCGGCACGCGGGCCCGCGAACACCAAGGGUCUCCUCGUUCUGCUCCCGGACAGGAUCAACAUAGAGGAAGAGGCACAGUUCUACGACGACAUCGUCGACAGCGCGAGCACCGUAGAGGGCGACUACCCAUUCGACCAGGACGACUCGCCCCCGCUCUCGCCGCACGAGGCGCCGUCGAUCUUCUCGCACGACAUCUGGCUCGGGGACAACUCGGGCGAGAGCCAGGCGUUCGCGCGCAACGUCGAGAUCGCGGGCUGGACGAGCGUCGGGGACAGGCAGGGCGGCGCGUACGUCGUGUACGACUGCGUGAUCACGACGAAGGAGGGCCUCGGCAUACACGCGCUCAAGAGGUACAGCGCGUUCGCGCAGCUCUACGCCCGCCUACGCGCGACGCUUCCUGCAAGCCAACAGUCGUAUAUCCCCUCUCUGCCCCCAAAGGCACCCCUUGCGAAGUUCCGGCCUGCAUUCCUCGACCGGCGCCGGCGGUUACUCCAGCACUGGCUCUCGGCGAUCCUCCUCCACCCGGAGAUGGGCGGCUGCCAGGCGGUGCGGGAGUGGGUCAUGGACAGGACAUGACAGGGCCCUCCGGUCGGUUUGCUUUCGUCGUUUUCCAGCGUUAUACCAUUUGCUUUUCUC